CGUUACAGUUCAUGUGUACAGACUGAGAGGAAAUUUGAUCAUGGAUGUCUCGCUCCCGCGAUUGUCAUUAUUUUGAUACUGUCAUGUCUCAAACGUCGUAGCAGGUGGAAACUUGAAUAUUGCAAAGGAUACCCUGGGUUGUUAAUACCAAUCAACUUCUUGGGAGGAAUAGACAAAAUCAACAGGUAUACUAUUGCUAUUACCUUUGGAGCAACAGCCAGUACCUUCUUCUCUAACUCAACAUUGGAAUUCGCAGACCCACCAUGGUUAUCAGUUUUUUCUGCUCUUUUUUCUGUUCUUGAGUAUGGAAUCCUGUUCUACCCAUUUUUUGCCUGUUUGACAACUGAGAACAGACUGGCUGGCUCUUUGCUGGGUUUUCUUUAUGCUACCAUGCGAUUCAUCGUUGGACUUGUGAUUGAAUUUCAGUGCACGGAAUCAUAUGUAGAAGAUAUAAAAACCAAGCAAUAUAUUGAAUUCCUUGGCAAAGUUCCCACUUACCUCUGUCUGCUGUUCAUUGCUCUGAGGUUUGCUGUGCUACUUGUUUUGCAAAUAAAGCAGUGCCGAGUGCUGUCAUCUUGGUACUAUUCAGAAAUUUUGGGGGCUGAUGAACAUCACACCUGUUUGAUCGAAGCAUCAGGGCGUAUUCACGUCAAGCAGUUGCUGACUUUAGGAUCGAAUACUUCCAGAACCAUGGCUAACGAGAAAUGGUACAAGAGGCUGAUCUGUAAAAUCUACAGACCGAGAGAAGAUUUUAAAUUCUCAACGCAGUUAAUUUCCACCUUAGUGGUUGCAGGAAUAAUUGUGUUUCAGGUUAUGUUGAAUUAUAUCUCGUUGUUUGAUUACUACGAAAAAGAAUUUGUCUCGUCUUGUGUUCACAACCCCAUUUGUCGGGGAUUUGUUCCUCUCUUAUUUCAUGCUUUGGAGGGAGGAGUUAUUACAGCAGCUACCGUUUCUAUUUUGUUGAUGCUGCAUUUUAUGAAAUGCCACAGAGACAAUGUGUUACAGAUGUAUCGAGGCCAGAGAACUUUUUUUCAAGACGUGACUGUCUCUCCUGCGAAUUUAGUGGGACAAAGUUUGUUAUUUUCUGGAUAUCAGAUUGCGUUUGUUCUAACAGGAUACACUGUAUUGAGUUUUUUCCUGGCCAUCAUAGUUGUCAGCCUCACUGCCAUUUUCAAGUACAUCGAUUUUUUAGUUUCACCGGAAAUGUUAGAGGUGUACAAAAAUAUUGGACAGGUCUUUGCGCCACCAAUUUUCUUGGCGAUUUGCUUGUGGCUGUACCAGUUAUUCCUCACCUACUACGUAUUUCGGGACAGAGACUUUCCGAAUAUCACAAUCACUGUUGAUAACAGACGGUUUUACUCCAUUAUGUCCUACUUCUUCUUCUUCUACAAUAUACUCCUUGGACUGUUCUCCUGCAUCAUGCGAAUUAUAAAAGGCAUGAUUUUAGGAGUGAUCUUCAUCUCUCGAAUCGACCGAACGUCGCUUAUGCAGGGAUUCCAGACUUGGGACAAAGCCUUCGUGGCAUAUCUGGGAUUCAUCCACAUACUGGUGGCUCACAACCACCCUGUUAUGCUGAUGUUUUGCCAGCUGCUCAUCAACAGCAACAAGGAUCGUCAAUAUGGCACUGUGGAGAGGGAGGAGUUACCAGGCCUAUGUGUACAAAAUUCGCAUUCAGAGGAUCAGAGUUCUGCUGGUCAUCCUGAGGCCCGUGUAUUCCGGCCACCACACAUGUCUCACCAGGCGAUCAACCGCUGGUUCCUUGCUUUCACGCUUCUUCGAAAUCCCUCUCUCGUCAAGUAUCGCCGGCGGUGUGCCAGAGAAGCCAAAAAAUGUAGCGUCUCUAUUGAAGAUGCAAACUAUGGAUCCGUCACACCGAUUUGA